UGUCUUUUUUGACGCUUUAUAAAUUAUGUAUAAUUAUUUAAUACUUCUAAUUCGUUCUAAUACUCUAUAGGGACGUGACGUUAUUUCUCAACAGCGCUUAUUUAGAAGUUAUUUUUAUUACGAUGCCGAUGCAGCGACUGUUCGAAACCUUAUCAAAGCAAAGAACAUUAAAGAAAUUAUCUAAGCCGGGGGGGGUUGCUAGAAAUUUACAUAAAAAAUAAUGAUAUUUAAUUUUCCUGGAUUUUGUUAUCUAACGCCAUAGUACAGCUUAGCUGAGUGAUCACCUAUUUGUGGUUUUCAUCAUUUCCAGCAGUCAGGCCCACUGACCACCUGAACAACAUGACGGGUUCUUCUAUUUCUCUCUCCACAGGAAUCUCCGCGGCCUGCCCGGUGACCAUAUGAUAUUUUAGAAACAACAUUUCUUCAUAGACAAGUGAAGUGCGUUCAUCUACAAACUCACAUAACUACUAAACACAAACAAACAAAUAUCAAAGACAAUUCUAUUUACUCCGGAACUUCCUGUUUGUUAUCAACAACCGUUAGAAACUAGGUCUGCGUACAUCCAGACUAUAUAAGACGUCGCCGGCGCGCACGCCACAACGCCCCAGCUAGGAUCUCCUGAAGCCACACCUCUCGGGACCAGGGACAGAUUAUAUUUGACAAGUUACACUAGCAGUUAGUUUUGUAUCCAGGGCACACUCGACUGUUCCAACUGAGGAAGGUUUAUUGACGUUAUUGUGAAGUGCUUAAGCGAGGAGCGGCCGGCGACAGCAAAUCGAGUGCUCCUCGUAAUCUAUAAUCCAAGGAAUGCAUCUCCCCAGCUUCGGGAGACCAGUGAAAGCUGCGUUGCUGUUAGUCCUUAUUCUCACGUUUAUAUCUACUGCAUCGAGUAAUCUGAAACCAGUUACAUUGACGGGAGUGAGUGGAAAACAAGUGACCUGGUUACACAGGGAACCCGUGGGUUAUGGUCAAAAAUUACAAACGUUUUUUUGGGAUAGAGUCGUAAAUAUCUUGAUAACAGAUGAUGAAGCAAAAUACGGAUGUCGGCCGAUUGCUAUCGGAGUUAUCCUAGAUAAAAAUCGGGUACUAACAUCGUAUAACCCAUUUGCAAAACUCUCAAAAAGUGUCGCCCAGAUAAAGGACAUGUAUAUUUACGUUAACAUCGGUCGUGUAGUACAUGCAAGUGAUCCGGUCGGGGGACUUGUGUAUUAUCAUUUACAUGAGCUUUGGUCGGGCCGGCGAGUCACGUUUUCACCAGAAGAAGCUAUCCCGAGUAGGAGUUGGCAUGGCCGAGGACCUGACAAAAGCACAGCACUUCACGAUCUGAUGGUACUCAGAGUAAAGCCGGAUUUUAAUUCGAAAUUCGGGUUUUCCAAUCUAAAAGAACAUGAGAUUACUGUGGGCAAAAGAGACAUUAUUUUCACUAUGACUAUCGCUAAACCUGGAGAGAAACUGGAAUAUCCCCUGCGAUAUUGUCAAUUGAAUAUAGACGGAGACAGAUACCAUCAACAUUAUGAUUUCGUCAAUGCAGAUAAUGUCAUAGUGAACUGUGAUUCCUACAUCCCUAAAUUCUGGGGUAAAUUUAUCUGUAUAAGGAAUAAUCAUGACCUAAAAGGACUGUCGUCCAGUGCUAUAUUAGUAUCAAAUCAGACAGUGUUCGGAAUCGGUAGCUUCGCGUAUAUACUGGAGGAGCAAGGCAUUCUAGUUUUCACAGACGUGCGGCCUUACCACGACCUCGUCAUGAAUGCUAUGACGGACGAAGACACACAUUAGCCGGCAUCAGAGUGUAACACUAUCUCUCCUACUACUCCGCCUCGCAACUGCCGCCGGACCGAAGUCCAGCGACGAGUACUACUCGCCAACACUUGUACGUCGUCUGGGGACACGCCGGCCUCGAACAGGAUUCCCGCUCCCAGUGGUGCAGUGCAGCGCAUGAGAUGGACUCAGAAGAUAAAUGAGAACGUCUUCCGCGCCUACUAUGGAUCUACGAAUGCUGUCUAUGAAUGUGUGUACUAUGAAUAUGUCCAUGCGACAGUGCUGACUCUCUUCUGUCAACGGUUUCCAGCUCUUGAACCGGACUUCGACGUAUCGACGUCCAACUCAAGAGCUGGAAACAGAGUUAAUCAAAUUAAGUGCGGCUCAUCCAACGUCAUCACAGGUUGAUCGAUUGCGCUCUGAAGUGCAGAUUAGCCCUGUCGGUACCCCGUCAAUAGCGGAAGUCCCUUGUUAGUGCCCCGCCUACCAACCCUGCUGACGGCACAGUUGACGACGUCGCUAUAACUGUAAGUAUCCAGUACAGUGAUUAAAUAAGGAUCACAUACCGACCACAGGCCGCGACUACAUCACUUGCCCAUGCACAACAAAAACAAGGGGUGUCCUAGAUUCGCUGCUAUCCAAUUAUUCUGGAAACGGCGAAGACUUCAAAGCCACUCACUCGCUCCUGUACUGUGCGGCUGUUGCAGCAUGUCGUAUUACUUUCGUGACAGUACAGCUGCACGAUCUAAGCAAGCUACGCCAGCUUAGCAGUGCAGGAUCGAGUCGAGUCACUCAUUCAACAGACUAAUGUUCGAGUGGACCGAGACCAAAAACAAGUGAACAGAUCUUGGGAGCCACCUGGUCGGAGGUGGGCGCCGACCAGGUUACCACACAGUUUUUAAAAAAGCAUUGUAAUACAUACAUGCAGAUGUUUAUUUUAUAUCUCACACAAAAAGUAUUAUUACUUAAAUAGAAUAACACAUAUUUUCUACAAUAAUUUGAAUGAUCUCGCAAAAACAAUUUGUCACGUGACAUUCCAGGCUGUUACAUCAAACCUUAAACAACAUCGAUGGAGCUCAACAUUAUUGUAAUAAACAGGUUAAAAACUUAACUUCUGCACUUGAACACUCCUGAAAACGACAACUUAUAGAAGCAUGUCGAUUAAAUAUCCUGAGAAAUUAUUAUACAUGUACCCACAACACACAAAGAAAUUCACGCCACAAAGAAAUAUUUUUUUUGGCAGAUUCGCACUAUUUUAUACAGCCUGGUUCCGAUGCAAAACCAUUCACAAGCACAAACCGAAAUAGUUACCUAAUUAAAAUAAUUCUCAGCAAUCUUUACCUACCUACGUAAAAUAUGACGUCACAUGACGUUCGAUCAAACGCAUCACACUUGUUUCAUAUUUUAUUGUAACAUCUGUCAAGUAGCCAAGUGGAAGGCUCCAGGCCCGGAUGAGCUGCAUAUAACUGAAAUCACUACCAAGUUCUCAUGGUUGCAUGCAUGAUGCAUCCAAUUCAUGGAACCCACAAAUUAUCAACCCAUUACCUGUUUGCCUACCAUCUACAAAUAUUACAACCGUUCUGAGAGACAGAUAGAUAAUCAUACCGAUCGGUCUCCUAUCAUGUCUGCCACUCGGAAGGACGUAGGAUUGGGGCUCGUGGUACUACUAUACUACACUCCUUAUUGAUAUGACCAUUUGCCAACAAGUUCGUCGCGCCGAACAGGGUGAGUUGUCAUGUUGGAUAGAUUAUGAGAAGGCCUGUGAUUCGGUUCCACAUACAUGGCUCAUGAAUGUGCUGGACUGGAGUUGUAUGAAAUCAUUACAUCACAAAUAAAAAUGUGCAUUCAAGGCCGGGUUAUUCGUUGCGGUGAGGUAGCCAUGUAUUAUCCCACUUGCUAUACAAAGAUGACCUGAAAUUGUUUACUUCCAAUAAGUUACAACUGAUGAAGUUCAAGAAUCAAUCAAUCAAUAACUUUAUUGCAUUCCAUUAUGUGUAAAAGGCUGGUGGGUAAAAUUAAGAGCAACAAUUAUGGACCCUGUCGGGCACGGCAAAAUUAGUUUUUUAGAGGAGAGGACGAAGAGCGCUUAAUGCUAACAUUCUAAUAUCGAAUGCAACUCCCGCGGUCAUCCUGGAUGAGGUUACAUAAUCUUAUACAAUACGCGUUAGUUUACAGCGUGGCAUCACAAUGGUAACAUUAAUUUAACACACAUUACACAGUUCUACAUUAACAUUUAAUCAAUGAAUUUAUAUUUUAAUAAAUGUUAAUAUUUAGUGUCCAAGGACCGAAGCUGAGACCUUAGGACCUACAAGGCGCUUUACCUAGUUUCCAGCGCGCGAAGUCACAUGAUGCCGCGAGUAAACUGUAAUUCCAUGAAUAGGGAUGAUGACUGGGUAUAAAAAGAAAAAAUCUCAUUAGUCCCUCAGUUAGA